AGAUAACUGAAAUUUCUGAUUUAGAUGUGAAUGAGUGCGAAGAAGCUGUACAUAGUUGCCAUGACGAUGCAACAUGUCACAAUCUCAUUGGUUCUUAUAGCUGUUCAUGUAAUAGUGGAUUUAUGGGUUGAUCGACAACCCUUGAAAACUUUAGAUUUGAAUGAAUGUUUGUUGGGUAGUGACGAUUGUCACAAAGAUGCUAAUUGUGAAAAUACGUAUGGGCGGUUUAAAUGCACAUGCUUGGAAGGAUUGAAAGGAAAUGGAACUUAUUGUGAAGAUAUUCCUGAAUGCUCUAUCAACUCUCAUGAAUGCAACAAGAACGCAACAUGUGUUGAACAAUAUGCUUCAUAUUCGUGUUUCUGCAACACGGGUUAUCAAGGGAAUGGAUACAACUGCAGCGAUAUCGAUGAAUGUUCUUCAAAUGAACUUCACAUCUGCCAUUCAAACGCAUCUUGUAGAAAUACAGACGGUUCCUAUAUUUGUCGCUGUUAUAUCGGUUUCCGUGGAGACGGGUUUGUAUGUGAUGGUAAGAUGCCAUAGGCAGCAACAGUAACAGUGCGCGCACAUACUAAGUCAGAAAAUGUUAAAAUACAUUACAAAAAUUGUUUAGGAAGUUAGUUCUGUUUAUAUAUUGCAGAUAUUGAUGAGUGCGAAGAAGGUAUACACAGUUGCCAUGACGAUGCAACAUGUCA